CCACCAAUAACUAUCUGUUUCUCGCUAAAACAUUAAACAGAAAUGCCGGUACAAAAGUUCAGACGAAACACAGUCCACAGCUUCUGGUGGUGGGCUGAGCCACGAAAGCUCUGAUUUAAAACAAGAUCUGUGACAGACGACUGUGCGCACAAACGUCACAGUAAAAAGCUUCCAUACCGCACCACAUGCAAAGAUAGUUCGGACCGUUGGAUAAAACUUGAGAGUUCCCAGCGGACGUUUACUUCGUCAGUCUCUGCUCCAUCAUCCGACCAUCGCAGCGUCCGUAUGCAACAUCACACCCAGUAUGUCUUCAACGCCCGAAUAUCAGCCCUUUUUGAAGUACUCGGACGACCCAACGACAGAGGAGCCAACAUCACCUAGACGCCAUGCCAGCCGACGCAGUACGUUUCUUUCCCACGCAUCUGUUCUCGUCGGCACUUCAUUAGUCUGGAUUCUAUUAUUUCUUUUAUUCACCCCCCCACGUACAGCUUCAACAUCGGCACAGGCUCCAGAGCCAUCCGGACUGCCGGAGAUCCACGUGGCUGGAGAUCGAUUCAAUGUGACAAGCGGCAGAAAAGAAAUUUCCUGUGGGUCCACAACAAAAGAGGCGAGGGCCAAGGGUUGCAAAUACGAUAUUCUUCUGAAUCACUGGGUACCGGCCCCAUGUUUCGAUAAGGAAUCAGUCGAUGAAUAUCAAGAGGACGGCAGUUGGGGGGCGUUUUCUGACAUAAACAUGACUCAUCGACUGACAGUCGAUGAAAUGUCUGAGAGAGACUUUUACUGGACAUCCAUUCGGGAUCACAUCAAUCACUGCGCAAUAAUGUGGAGACGCCAAUUUUACGCAUUUUACGACCAACGGACUGCGAUCGACUCCAUUAUUGCCAGCCCCGGUCACACUGAGCACUGCUCUCAAUAUCUGAUGGAUGCUAUGGACGCCAAAUGGAAGCAGCCGACAAAGACAAUGAGGGGGUUUGCCGGUUGUUGGAUAAAGGAAUGACUUGUUUGUAGCAGGGUGUGAGUAGGCAUAGGUUUACAUUCUACAGAAUGUUUGUAUCAGCACUACAUAAGGCAAAUAAGACCUGCAAGCCGAUAUUGCAGUUUGAAGU